CCGAUAUGCCAAUGGCUUGUCAAAUAUCAGCUGUUAAUACAAACUAUUAUUCUGCUAUGAUACGCCGGCGGAUAUCAUUUAUUUCUAUUAUAUAAAUAAGAUAGCUCUAUUGAUUGUUAGUGUAUUUAUUAGUUCUACAUAUAACUAUCUUAAAAUGACAGAUAUAUCAAACAAAUCUGUUAAAGUUGUUGUAUUAGGCGAUAUCGGAAGGAGCCCCCGAAUGCAAUAUCAUGCAUUAUCUUUAGCCAAUAACGGAUUAAAAGUGAAUAUCAUUGGUUAUGUGGAAACGAAACCAUUGCCUGAUAUCCAAGAGAAACCGAACAUAACGAUAACAAAACUACAACCACUGAAACUUGGCGGUCCUAAACUCAUUCAAUACUUCGCAAAAACACUAUGGCAAACUAUAAGCUUACUUUUAACGUUAUUUAUUACUGGGAAGUGUGACUAUAUUUUGUGUCAGAACCCACCAGCGAUUCCCACUUUAUUUGUAUGCCGAUUUUAUUGCUUGAUUACAAAAACGAAGUUUAUCAUUGAUUGGCACAACUAUGCAAACUCCAUUAUGGCUUUAUCAUUGGCUUCGAAACAUCCACUGCUCAGAGUAGCUACACUAUUGGAAAAGUGGUUUGGCCAGUCUUCUGACCACAAUCUUUGUGUUACAUAUGCAAUGAAGGAGGAUUUGAUAGAAAAAUGGGGCAUUGUUGCUACAGUACUAUAUGAUAGACCUCCAAAAAUAUUUCAUCCAAUAACAGUACAUGAAAGACACAAUUGGUUUCUAAAAAUUGGCGAACAAUAUAAUGAUUUCUUAGACAGCAAUUACAAAGGGUCAGAGGUAAAAACAGCCUUUACCGAAACUUUUGGGGACAGUAUUGUAUUGAGACAAGACAGACCUGGCCUUCUGUUUAGCAGUACAAGCUGGACACCAGAUGAAGACUUUGGUAUAUUAUUGGAAGCCUUACAAGUAUAUGAAACAACACAUGCUCUAUCCAAAAAAUUGCCCAAACUUAUCUGUGUAAUUACUGGUAAGGGACCUAUGAAGGAGUAUUAUCAGGAACAGAUAGCAGCACGAAACUGGAAGAAUGUAACAGUGAUAACUCCUUGGUUAGAGGCCAAAGACUAUCCAACUAUGGUAGCAAGUGCUGAUUUAGGAGUGUGCCUCCACACUAGCUCGUCAGGAUUGGAUCUGCCCAUGAAAGUUGUAGAUAUGUUUGGUGCUGGUCUGCCUGUCUGUGCAUGCGAUUUUAAAUGUAUAAAUGAAUUGGUUCAACAUGGUUUAAAUGGUUAUACAUUUAAAUCAAGUGAUGAGUUGUCUAAGCAAAUUGUGAGCUGGUUCGAAGGCUUUCCUAAUAAUGCACAACAAAACAAACAAAUACAGAAAAUGAGACAAGAAUUAACCAAGUUUCAAGAAUCAAGAUGGGAAGACAACUGGGAUUUGAGAGUAAGGAAAUUCUUUGAGUCAUAAGACUAUUAGGAUUAUAACUUUGGGACCAAUUAAUUAAUUAUUAUAUGUAUUCAAUGUGUAUAUCAUAAUAAAAAAAUUCACUUUUAAA